UGCACCUCUGUUAACUUCCAUUAUUUUGCUCUUCUACAACAGCAUUCUUCUUCCAUUGCUUUUCCCAACAUGAAUUAUUUAAUCCAUGAACGCAAUAAUCUUUUGUCUCCAGGAUGACUACAUCAAGAACACAGAGGAGAACAUGGGCUCUGAUGAAACCGUGGACACCACCAAGGACCCUUGCCAGAACGUGAAGUGCAGCCGCCACAAGGUGUGCGUCGCUCAGGGCUACCAGAGGGCCAUGUGUGUCAAUCGCAAGAAACUGGAGCAGAGAGUAAAACAACCCUUGCAGUCAGAGGCCCAUGAAGGCUGCAAGCCUUGUCCUGUUGCUGCCUCCACCCCCGUAUGUGGCUCUGAUGGACACAACUACGCCUCCGAGUGUAAAAUGGAGCAGCAAGCUUGCCUCACAGGCAAAGACCUGAGCAUCAUGUGCACUGGCUUUUGCCCCUGCGCCACAACCCCUGUUUCCGUCACAAAUACAGACUCAAAGCGUGAGAGCUGCACAGGCCAGGACCUGGCAGACCUGGGCGACCGCCUCAGAGACUGGUUCCAACUCCUUCAUGGAAACGCCAAGCAGAACAACUCUGGCAAGCUGAGAGCUGGCACUGCUUCAGCGUUGGACAGGAGCCUUGUGGCAAGCUGCAAGGACUCCAUUGGCUGGAUGUUCUCAAGGCUGGACACAAACAGCGACCUGUAUCUGGACCAAGCUGAGCUGGCUGCUAUCAACCUGGACAAGUACGAGGUUUGCAUCCGACCCUUCUUCAACUCUUGUGACAGCUACAAGGACGGGAAGGUCUCCACGGCGGAGUGGUGCCUCUGCUUUUGGAGGGAAAAGCCGCCGUGCCUCGCCGAGCUGGAGAGGAUCCAAAUGCAGGAGGCAGCCAAGAAGAAGCCAGGGACAUACAUCCCCAGCUGUGACGAGGACGGCUACUACAGGAAAGUACAGUGUGACCAGAGCCGAGGGGAGUGCUGGUGUGCCGACCAGCAUGGGGGAGAGAUGAUGGGCACCAGAAUCCAUGGGAAUCCUGAUUGUGAUGAAGUCGCUGGAUAUUCUGGAGAUUUUGGGAGUGGAGUGGGAUGGGAAGAUGAGGAGGAGAAGGAGGCGGAGGAUAACGGAGAGGAGGCAGAGGAGGAGGAAGAGGAGGAGGGCGAGGCAGACGAUGGCGGAUACAUCUGGUAGAACUGUCUGACCGCUCAUAAGAGAGAGAGUCAAGUCGCAGCUGCUGGUCUGAAAAAUCUACAGGGACGGCUCUCUCCUGACAGCAAAGGAUUUUGGGAUGGGACUGGGGUGUCAUGGAGCUGUUUAUCAUCCUGGUGCGAUACGUGGUGCUGGUCCAGUGAUUACACAAUGACCAGUUUUUGUCUUAGAUAUGUGUAAUUGCUUCAUUAUCCUCUCUGUUUUUUACCGACAGAGCUUUUUGUUUUGCUGUCCUGAGAAGCAGGACCCACCGACUACUGCAAAAUAGGUAGCUAUAAAGUCCAUCAGAGUUCCUUUCUUGUCCAACGGCCAUCUAUGCAUAUAGAGAUUACCAGUAAUUUUGUAUCGUGCAAAAAAUUCUCUGAGUAUUACAGACGCCGUCACACUGGGAUCGAAAGAGAUCAGAAUCAAGUGAGGAUUUGACAUAAAGGGAAAUAUGCUUGUUUGCUUUUUGAUCUGAUGUUUGAUGCAACCUGUGGUUUAAAUAUGAAGCUAAAGUUAGGAGAAGCGUAGCUCAGUUUAGCUUAGCAUUGUUUAGAUCUUUAAAAAAAAACAA